CUCCUCAGCCCGCACCGCACGCACGCUGCUGCGUCUUCCCGCCGCGCCGCCACCCCACCAAUCCCCCCCACCAACUCCUCCCUCCUCCAAUCCUGCUAUUUCCCACCCGAAUCCAUCCAAUUCCCCGCCGGAAUCUCUUCGAUCCACCUCCGCCUCCAUACCCUCUCCCGGAGGAGCGCGGCGCGGCGGCGAGCGGGACCGAGCAUGAGCAUGGCGUACUCCUGCGCGGGCGCGCGCCUCCACGGCCGCGGCUGUAUUGGCGUCGCUAAAUGCCGCCCCGCCGCCGCCCUGCUCGGGAUGCGGGGCGCCCGCCUCCGCCCGACCGUGCGGGGGUGGGCCGCCGCCAGGGGAAUCCGCGCCGACCUCCCUCCGCCGCCACGGGCGAGCGCGGACGGCGCGUUCACCUCUGGCCCGGCUGUCGCCGUGCCCGAAGCGGGGGACGCCACUGAGCAAGUGGCCGCGGCUGCUCAGCCGGCUGCGCUUCCGGAUAUGCACGAUAAGGCCGGUGGCGCUGAUGUUGAUGAUGGGGCGGGUGGGAAUGGGGAGUUCCCGCCCGGUGGCGGUGGUGGGGACGGGGAUAAUGGUGGCGGUGGCGGUGGCGGCGGCGGUGGGGGUGACGGUGAGGAGGGGGAGGACGAGUUCGGGCCCAUCCUGAGCUUCGAGCAGGUGGUGCAGGAGGCGGAGAAGCGCGGGGUCAGCCUGCCCAGCUUGCCCGCGGACAUGGUCGAGGCGGCCAAGAGCGUCGGGAUUCAGAAGCUGCUGCUGCUCAGAUACUUGGACAUGCAGGCGUCCGUCUGGCCCCUGGGUCCUGCCAUUAGGUCCUGCGCGCUUCUCCGGAACAGGAUGCUGGUUGAUCCUACAUUCCUCUUCAAAAUCGGGACGGAGAUAGUUAUCGAUACGUGUUGCGCGACAUUCGCGGAGGUUCAGAAGAGAGGGGAGGAGUUUUGGUCAGAGUUUGAGUUGUAUGCAGCAGAUAUGUUGGUAGGAGUUGUUGUUAAUGUAGCAUUAGUCGGCAUGUUAGCACCAUAUGCUCGAUUCGGUGGCAGAUCUGCAUCAGAAGGUCUCCUUGGGCGUGUUAGGCAUGCUUAUGAUGCCCUCCCAAGCAGCGUUUUUGAAGCUGCAAGGCCAGGAUGCCAAUUUUCUGUACAACAACGGAUUGGAACAUACUUUUUCAAGGGAAUUUUAUAUGGUUGUGUUGGAUUCUUUUGUGGUAUUGUGGGACAAGGGAUUGCUAAUUUGAUAAUGACUGCCAAAAGGAGUGUUAAGAAGUCAGAGGAUGAUGUACCUGUUCCACCUCUUCUCAAAACUUCUGCUUUGUGGGGUGUAUUCCUUGGUGUUUCUUCCAACACACGUUAUCAGAUUAUCAAUGGACUAGAGCGCUUGGUUGAGGCAUCACCUGUUGCCAAGCGUGUCCCAGCUGCUUCUCUGGCAUUCACUGUCGGUGUGCGCUUUGCCAAUAAUGUGUACGGAGGAAUGCAGUUUGUUGACUGGGCGAGAAUGACUGGUUGUCAGUGAGGUGCGGGCUUUCAUAUUUUCAUGUCACCAUUCGCAGUGAUGCUGCCGCGUGCGGUCUGCUGUUUGUGUUCCACCCAAACUCGUCGAAUUUUCACCAUCUCAAGUCAAAUAUACAUGAUAUCAAUAAUUGCUUCGGGGUGCAGAAGAUCUCAAAAAUAAAUGUGGUAGCUCCUCAUAGUGAUUCUGAGAUUGAGUGGGAGCUAGCAUUAGGAGUGUGCUUAGGCAGGGUAGAGCCAGGAAGAGAUGAGAUUGUUUGUUUUCGUGCUGAAGAUGUCGCCAUCUUGAUUUGGAUAGCUGGAUCUGUUUGAUUGAAAUGACUUUGUCUCCAUAGCAUUUGAUGUGUCUGGCUAUAUAUCUUUGGCAACAUAGGAAUCAAGAUUUCUUCCUCUGAA